AUGCUGGAGUCAGCGCGAGACUACUUCAAGGGCUGGUUUGAGGGCCAAGAUCAACGAAAGAAAGAACAUGGGUCACUGGACAACUGGAGAAGACGACAUGUGCCGGGAAAUAGAUCGGGUGUCUCGCAUAGAAUUCGAAAGCAAGCUACACGACGAAACCCGAAAAGUCUAAGAAGCGUUAAACCAAGUUCGCUUCCAGCUUCUGCAUCAGUGUGGAACAGGGUCAAGAGCGUCUUUUCGCCCAAGGACCAAGAUCUACAACAGAUGCGAAACGCGUAUGCCGACUUCAAACUUCAAGAUCAUACGGAAAAGACCAGAACGAGAGCAGAAGUUCAACGACGAAUCGCAACGAGCACAGCUUUGAAGAGAAAAAUGCAGGAGAAACAUUACGACGACAAGCUUCUGGAAGAGCUUCGGCGUGGAAGAAACCCAGAAGCCAAGCCGGUUACAAAAUUCCCAAGACCUCGCAAUUUUGAGACAGACCAAGUCAUUAUUUUGCAGCAUAAAGUAGAUUCCCUGGUCAACAAAAUUACCUCGCUAGAGCAGGAUUUGCAGCUCACACGCAAGAAGCUUAUGUUUGCGCGCGAGAAGAAUUCGCUUCUGGAGAGUCUCCUCGAUGACGCUAAUGUGGACAGCGACUAUGUAAAAUCGAGGCGACGCAUUACGAAUCUGCAAAAGGAAAAUUUGAAACCUGACUUUAAUGCCUUGCCACUAUCCCCCAAGCGUGAUGUGAGCCCGCUCUUCACGUCAAGUCCCAUAAGACUGCCGAAUGUCGCUGAGGAAGAUCCACUUUCUGACUACUAUGAGAAAUAUCCAAGAAUACCAGACGCAGAGCUCCUAAAGAAAGACCCCGAAAGCUCGCUGUCACCCAUAAGGCUAGAUUUGUCUAAAUAUUCAAACUUCAGAGAGCGGCGUGGGUAG